GCAGCCGGGUCCGGUUCCGGGCGUCGCUUCCGUGGCGGCGGCGCGGGGCGGGGCGGGGAGAAGAUGGCGACGGAGCUCGAGACGGAGGUGCAGGCUAUUGACAAGAGCUUGCUGGAGUGCUCGGCCGAAGAGAUCGCCGCGAAAUGGCUGCAAGCAAAUGAGCUUCAGAAGGAAGUGUACCAGCAUCUGGCCUACUAUGUACCAAAAAUUUACUGCAGGGGUCCUAACCCUGCCCCACAGAGAGAAGACAUGCUGGCACAACAUGUGUUGCUGGGACCAAUGGAAUGGUAUCUUUGUGGCGAAGAUCCUGCAUUUGGUUUUCCAAAGCUGGAGCAAGCAAACAAACCUUCCCAUCUCUGUGGUCGCGUUUUUAAAGUGGGAGAACCUACGUAUUCCUGCAGAGACUGUGCAGUAGACCCAACUUGUGUGUUGUGCAUGGAGUGCUUUCUUGGAAGUAUUCAUAGAGAGCACCGAUACAGGAUGACAACAUCGGGUGGAGGAGGUUUCUGUGACUGUGGUGAUACUGAAGCUUGGAAAGAAGGUCCUUACUGUCAGAAGCAUGAACUUAACACUUCAGAGACUGCAGAAGAAGAGGAUCCUCUUGUGCACUUACCAGAAGAUAUGGUGGCAAGAGCUUAUAAUAUUUUUGCUAUCACCUUUAAAUAUGCGGUAGACAUAUUAACAUGGGAAAAAGAAAAUGAAUUGCCUGGCCUAGAAAUGACUGAGAAGAGUGACACUUACUACUGCAUGCUCUUUAAUGAUGAAGUCCACACCUAUGAACAAGUUAUUUAUACUCUUCAGAAAGCUGUCAACUGCACACAGAAGGAAGCUAUUGGUUUUGCAACAACAGUAGAUAGAGAUGGCCGUAGGUCUGUCCGAUAUGGAGACUUUCAGUACUGUGAUCAAGCAAAAUCAGUAAUUGUGAGAAAUACCAGUCGUCAGACAAAGCCAUUGAAAGUACAGGUUAUGCAUUCAUCUAUUGUUGCCCAUCAGAGCUUUGGUCUGAAGCUCCUAACUUGGCUUGGCAGUGUUAUUGGAUAUUCAGAUGGCCUUCGUCGAGUAUUGUGUCAGGUUGGUUUGCAGGAGGGACCGGAUGGGGAAAAUUCUUCUCUUGUGGAUAAGCUGAUGUUGUAUGAUUCUAAACUGUGGAAAGGAGCUAGAAAUGUGUAUCACCAGUUAUUCAUGAGCAGUCUACUUAUGGACUUGAAAUAUAAGAAGCUUUUUGCUAUCCGUUUUGCAAGAAACUAUGAGCGAUUGCAGAGUGAUUUUAUGAAAGAUGACCACGACAGAGAGUUCUCAAUUGCUGACCUCUCGAUACAGAUAUUCACAGUGCCUUCUCUUGCUCGAAUGCUAAUAACAGAGGAAAAUCUCAUGACCACUAUCAUCAAAACUUUUAUGGACCAUUUAAGACACCGUGACAUCCAAGGCAGGUUUCAGUUUGAACGUUACACUGCUCUGCAGGCUUUCAAAUUCAGGCGUGUUCAAAGUCUUAUUCUGGAUCUCAAGUAUGUGUUGAUAAGUAAGCCAACUGAGUGGUCAGAAGACUUGAGACACAAGUUUCUAGAGGGUUUUGAUGCCUUCUUAGAGUUACUCAAAUGUAUGCAGGGUAUGGAUCCAAUAACCCGUCAAGUAGGACAACACAUCGAAAUGGAACCAGAAUGGGAAGCAGCAUUUACAUUGCAAAUGAAAUUAACACUUGUUAUUUCAAUGAUGCAGGACUGGUGUGCUUUAGAUGAAAAAGUGUUAAUUGAAGCUUACAAGAAAUGCCUGGCUGUGCUGAUGCAGUGUCAUAGUGGCUUUACUGAUGGAGAGCAGCCUAUUGUUCUCAGCAUGUGCGGGCAUUCAGUGGAGACCAUCAGAUACUGUGUUUCCCAGGAAAAAGUCAGCAUUCACCUCCCAGUUUCACGUUUACUUGCAGGCUUGCAUGUUUUGUUGAGUAAAACUGAAGUGGCGUAUAAGUUUCCAGAGCUGCUACCCCUGAGUGAACUUAGCCCACCUAUGUUAAUAGAACAUCCUCUACGAUGCUUAGUUCUAUGUGCUCAAGUGCAUGCAGGGAUGUGGAGAAGAAAUGGCUUCUCUCUUGUUAAUCAGAUUUAUUACUAUCAUAAUGUGAAGUGCAGGAGAGAGAUGUUUGACAAGGACAUAAUAAUGCUUCAGACAGGUGUGUCUAUGAUGGAUCCAAAUCACUUCCUGAUGAUAAUGCUGAGCCGCUUUGAACUUUAUCAGAUAUUUAGUACUCCAGACUAUGGCAAGAGAUUUAGCACAGAAAACACUAACAAGGAUGUUGUUCAACAAAACAAUACUCUUAUAGAGGAGAUGCUGUACCUCAUCAUAAUGAUUGUUGGAGAAAGAUUCAGUCCUGGGAUAGGACAGGUAAAUGCAACAGAUGAAAUCAAACGAGAGAUCAUCCAUCAGCUGAGCAUCAGGCCAAUGGCUCACAGUGAAUUAGUAAAGGCAUUACCUGAAGAUGAGAACAGAGAGACGGGAAUGGAAAGUGUGAUUGAAGAAGUGGCUUGUUUCAAGAAACCUGGAUUAACUGGCAGAGGACUGUAUGAAUUAAAACCAGAAUGUACCAAGAACUUCAAUCUGUAUUUCUAUCACUUCUCAAGGGCAGAGCAAUCAAAGGCUGAAGAAGCACAAAGAAAGCUGAAAAGACAGAACAGAGAAGAUACAGCACUUCCACCACCAGUGUUGCCUCCUUUCUGCCCACUUUUUGCAAGUCUGGUUAAUAUUCUGCAGUCUGAUGUCAUGCUGUGCAUUAUGGGAACGAUACUGCAGUGGGCAGUAGAACACAAUGGCUACGCCUGGUCAGAGUCCAUGCUGCAAAGGGUUUUGCAUUUGAUUGGAAUGGCACUACAAGAAGAAAAACAGCAUCUGGAGAAUCUCAGUGAGGAGAAUGUUGUAACAUUUACCUUCACUCAGAAAAUAUCAAGACCAGGAGAGGCACCCAAUAAUUCCCCUAGUAUACUCGCUAUGCUAGAAACACUGCAAAAUGCACCUCAUCUGGAAGUGCACAAGGACAUGAUCAGGUGGAUUUUGAAGACUUUUAAUACCAUUAAGAAACUAAGAGAGAGUUCUUCCACAAGUCCUGUGGCUGAGAGCGAAGGAACUGUUAUGGAGGAGAGUUCACGUGAUAAAGACAAAGCUGAGAGGAAGCGAAAAGCUGAGAUUGCGAGGCUGCGCAGAGAGAAGAUAAUGGCCCAGAUGUCUGAGAUGCAGCGGCACUUCAUUAAUGAGAACAAAGAACUCUUUCAGCAGACUUUGGAGGAGCUGGAUUCUUCAACUUCUGGAGUGCGUGAUAAUAGCCCUGUAAUUUCAGAUGCAAAACUCACAGCCCUGGGGCCAGAGCAAACUAGGGUAGCUGAACGCAGACAGAUUGUUAUGUGUAUAUUGUGUCAGGAGGAACAAGAAGUUAAAGUGGACAGUAGAGCUAUGGUGUUGGCAGCAUUCAUUCAGAGAUCAACUGUGUUGUCUAAAAAUAGAAACAGAAUUAUUCCAGACCCUGAAAAGCAUGACCCAUUGUUCAUGCAUCCAGAUCUGUCAUGUGGAACACACACGGGUAGCUGUGGCCAUAUUAUGCAUGCUCAUUGUUGGCAAAGGUAUUUUGAUGCUGUCCAAGCAAAAGAGCAACGAAGGCAACAAAGAUUAAGAGUACACACAAGUUACGAUGUAGAAAAUGGUGAAUUCCUUUGCCCACUUUGUGAAUGUUUAAGCAACACUGUUAUUCCUUUGCUUCCACCACCAAGGGUUUUGUUUAACAGGUUAGACUUUUCAGGCCAACCAGACCUCACUCAAUGGAUCAAAACAAUAUCUCAGCAAAUAAAAGCACUAUAUUUACUUCGAGAUGAAGACCGUUCAAAUAAUUCUGGCAGUUCAGAAAAAAUGGAUCAACUACAACUGCCUGAAGGAUUUAGACCAGAUUACAAACCGAAGAAUCCAUAUUCUGAAAGCAUUAAGGAGAUGCUGACAACAUUUGGUACAGCAACAUACAAAGUGGGCUUGAAGGUUCAUCCAAAUGAAGAAGAUCCACGUGUACCUAUAAUGUGCUGGGGAAGCUGUGCUUACACAAUACAGACCAUAGAACGAAUUCUAGCUGAUGAAGAUAAGCCAUUAUUUGGCCAUUUACCUUGUCGACAGGAUGACUGCCUUACAUCAUUAACAAGAUUUGCAGCAGCUCACUGGACAGUCUCAUCUCUUUCAGCUGUAAAGGGUCACUUUUGUACUCUCUUAGCAUCACUGGUGCCUAAUGAGAAAAAUGGAAACCUUCCAUGCAUACUUGAUAUCGACAUGUUUCAUUUAUUGGUCAGCUUGGUGCUCUCUUUCCCUGCCAUACAUUGUCAGGAUUUUUCAGGGAUCAGUCUUGGCACUGGAGAUCUUCACCUGUUUCAUCUUGUCACAAUGGCACACAUAAUACAAAUUCUGCUUACCUCAUCGACAGAAGAGAAUGGCAUGGAUCAAGAGAACACCAGCAGUGAAGAAGAAGAAGCUGUGCUUACGCUGUAUAAAUUUCUUUGCCAGUGUACAGGAAGUGCCUUGAAAGAAAUUUCCUCAGGAUGGCACCUAUGGAGGAAUCUAAAAGCUGGAAUCAUGCCUUUUCUGAGAUGUUCUGCUUUGUUCUUUCAUUACUUAAAUGGAGUCCCAGCACCCUCAGAACUUCAAGUGAAUGGAACAAACCAGUUUGAACACUUAUGUAGCUAUCUUUCCUUGCCAAGCAACCUCACCUGCCUUUUUCAAGAAAAUAGUGAGAUUCUGAAUGCCUUGGUAGAAAGUUGGUGUAGUAACAGCGAAGUAAAAAGAUAUCUGGAAGGCAAGAGGCAUGCUGUCAGCUAUGCAAGAGAAUCCAAUAAGUUAAUAGACCUUCCGGAUGACUACAGCUGCCUCAUUAACCAAGCUUCUAAUUUCUCGUGUCCAAAAUCAGGUGGUGACAAAAGCAGAGCUCCAACAUUGUGCCUUGUGUGUGGGACCAUGCUAUGUUCUCAGAGUUACUGUUGUCAAACUGAGUUAGAAGGAGAAGAUGUUGGAGCCUGUACUGCACAUACAUACAGCUGUGGUUCUGGAGUGGGCAUAUUCCUUAGAGUACGAGAAUGUCAGGUGCUCUUUUUAGCUGGAAAAACAAAGGGCUGCUUUUAUCCUCCUCCUUACCUUGAUGACUAUGGAGAGACAGACCAGGGACUUCGGCGUGGGAAUCCCUUACAUCUGUGCAAAGAACGAUUUAAAAAGAUUCAAAAACUCUGGCAGCAGCACAGCAUCACAGAGGAAAUUGGACAUGCACAAGAAGCAAAUCAGACACUAGUUGGCAUCGACUGGCAGCAUUUAUAAUGGUUAUCUGCUGAAGACUGGAACUUUAAUAAGACUUUUGUAAUUCAAUAAGCUUUUUCAAAGGAGGGAUUCGGAAGAAAAAAAAAAAAAAAGGUUUGAGAAAAUGAAAUAAACCCAGUCCUUUUAUUUAA